AUAAAGCCUUCUGCUUUUAUCACUCACAUCUCAUAUCACGUAAUACCAAACCUCAGAAAUAUCAAAAGUCUAGUCUUGGCGGAUCUUCUACAGCCACAAAGCCCAGAAACCCAGAUCACAAUUCACGACUCUCAUCGUUCAAGUUUGGAUCUUUCAGUUGGUAACGAGUGCUCAGACUGGAAAAGAUGGCAAGCAAUGAAGAACAGAAAUUCCAAGUUAGAAAACUAGAGCUCUCGGAUAAAAGGAAGGGAUUUAUAGAACUACUGCAGCAGCUAACCACUUGCGAUUCUGUAUCUGACAAAGACUUUGAAGAUCGAUUCAUGGAGCUUCAGUCCCGUGCUGAAGACCAUCAGGUGUUUGUUAUAGAAGAUGAUCGUUCUGGGAAGAUUGUUGCAACUGGAAGUGUGUUCAUUGAAAGGAAGUUUAUAAGGAACUGUGGUAAAGUUGGGCACAUUGAAGACGUUGUGGUUGAUUCCAAUGCUCGCGGACUGCAUUUAGGGAAAAAAAUUAUUAAUUCCCUCACGGAUUAUGCUCAUUCUGUGGGCUGUUAUAAGGUGAUUCUUGAUUGCAGUGUUGAUAAUAAAGCAUUCUAUGAGAAAUGUGGCUACAAGCAGAAAGAGAUUCAGAUGGUGAAGUAUUUCAUUUGAAAAGUGUUUUGAUCUUCUGAUUUGUUUUAGGACUAUACUUCUGAGUAGAGUUGAAAAUGAUGAUCUUAUAUCUUCAACCUAAAUAAGAUCAGCAUGUAAUGAAGAGAAUAUGAGUUGCCAAAAGAUUGUAUAUGACUGAUGACUAUAAUGUUUUCAUGUUCCUUUAGUUUCCCUUUGCCUUGUGAUGUAUAGAAAGAGUUCUGGAAGUGAAAGCUCUUAUGUUAUAAUUAAA